UUUUGUUUGUUUCAACAUGCGGCCUCCGUCGACUCGUCUCGGGGUUUUUUUUCGGGUUGGAGUGGCUUUAAAUGGUAACAGAUGUCGUGCGCGUCUCACAAGUAGCUCUAUUGGUUGAGAGUCUCUGCAGAGCAAGGUAGUGAAAUCUCUUCCUCUUCCUACUCCACGCCCUGUCAUUAUUAGGCUAUCAAUAGCUGCCCAGCACCAUGUCCCCUCUAGCAUCGGCUGCGACUGCGAGUGGAAGCAGUACGACCACUGUUUUCGAGGAGGACACCAGAGAGGAGCAAAGACCCCUGAAGCAGUCUCUGAGUAAGUCACUAUGUCGGGAGAGUUUUUGGAAAUGCCUGCUUCUGUCCAUUCUUAUGUAUGGCUGCAUGGGAGCGAUGGUUUGGUGUCAUGUCACCAAGGUGACCCGCCUCACCUUUGACAGUGCCUUCAAAGGGAAAUCUAUGAUGUACCAUGACAGUCCCUGCUCUGAUGGCUACAUCUACAUCCCUCUGGCUCUACUGGGCAUGCUCUAUUUAGUCUAUCUAGUGGAGUGCUGGCACUGUCAUGUGAAGAAUGAGCUGCAGCACAAAGUGGAUGUGGAGGGCAUCUAUGAGCGCAUCCAAAGAAUGCAGCAGGCUAAACCCUGCAUCUGGUGGAAGGCCAUCAGCUAUCACUAUGUUCGCCGAACACGACAAGUCACACGCUACCGCAAUGGAGACGCUUACACUAGCACCCAAGUUUACCAUGAACGUGUCAACACCCAUGUGGCAGAAGCUGAAUUUGACUACAGUCACUGUGGUGUCAAAGAUGUUUCAAAACAGCUGCUGGGCUUGGAGAAGUCUGCUCUAACUAAGAUGCGGUUCACCAAGUGCUUUAGUUUUGCUAACGUAGAGUCAGAGAAUUCCUACCUUACACAACGAGCAAGGUUUUUCACUGACAACGAGGGUCUCGAUGAUUACAUGGAAGCCAGGGAGGGCAUGCACCUAAAAAACAUUGACCUGAAGGAGUAUGUUAUCGUGCUGCCUGACCCAGAGCACCAGCCCUGGUAUCUGUCGCACUAUGUCUUCUGGUUAGCCUCAUUCUUCACUUUCUCCUGGCCUCUCAGAGUUUUUACAGAGUAUCACACUGCAUAUGUCCACUAUCGUGUUGAGAAGCUCUUUGGGCACGAUUACCUCCCUGUGACCCCGUGUGAGGAUCGGCCAUAUUGCCGUCGUAUCCCUCGUGUUAACACCAUUGACAGUACAGAGUUGGAAUGGCACAUUCGGUCCAACCAGCAACUGGUGCCCAGUUACUCAGAGGCUGGACUGAUGGACCUGGCCCAGUGCCAGACCAGCUUCAGCGGGAUACGUCAGAAUUGUGAGCGCUGCCACAGAGCCAUCAGCUGCUCCUCAGUGUUCUCCAGGAGCGCCCUCAGCAUCUGUACUGGUGCCAGCUCACGCAUCCCCUUCAGCGGCAGUCGCUUCUCCUUGGCGCGGCGCUACGGCUCCCAGCGCAGCUGCUUCUGGAGGAGCGGCAGCUUGGAUGACCCAGAGAGUCCCAGCGAAAACACUCGCUGUCUAUCAGAGCGCAUCAACACAGAUGAGGAGGACCCCCCAGAAUAUAAUGACGCACUUUGCUACCCAGUGCUCAUUGUCCACUGUAGCGAGAAUUGCCACAACCACAGGUCUUUCCACAGGAAUGGCUCCUGUGUGGAGACUUCCUUGUGACUAUGCAGUCACUAAAAAAACACAGUGGCAUUUCUGUAGCAUAGAAACACUUUGGACAUCAGAAAAAGAGUGUGCAAACAAGUCUUAAUGUGAGAUACACAGAGUCAUGCUGUAUUGUCAUACUAUCUUAAACAAAUGCCUGAAUCCUGAAUGUGAAUGUGUGAAUCACCAAAGCAAUAACAGUGAAUAAUGAAUGAAGAACAAAGCGAUGGUGGUAUGUGAAUCUACUAGGAUCGCGCAAAUG